AUCCAACGGAUGAGAUAUUCGUAGCGCGGAGGCGUUUGGUUUAAGAUACGCGAUUCCUCGCUUAGUGCUUAGUAAAGCGUUGGAUUUCGCCGAGGCAAGUGGUUUUAAGUUAUUCGUAUAGACUACAAGCAGUGAGAUGGUCUGGCAAAAAGUGCUUGUGAUUGCCGUUUGCGUAACCUUCGCCAACGCCGCGGUAAUAAACAAUUCCAAGAACGCGACCAAUGUGAAAAACAAAGGCGUUUGUACAUUAGAAGUGCCAACUUUAGAUCUCAUCCAUGAAGACGAAAGAACCGGUGUGAUUCCUCAAGGCAACGGUACUCGUGCCGGGUACAGCACCAUCCGAAUUUGUUGCUCCGGCUACAGAUUGCAAGACCACAGCGCUUUUCAUUGCAUCCCUGACUGUGGGGACCUUUGUGAUAAUGGUAACUGCACCGCUCCUGGCGUGUGUGAGUGCAAGAAAGGAUACAUCAAGGAUAAUCAAGGCCGCUGUGUACCUACAUGCCCCAUUGGUUGCCUGAAUGGCGUGUGUAACCUGAACAAGGUGUGUUCCUGCAAUAAUGGCUACACUCUGGAUCCCUCUGGACAAAUGUGCCUCCCAGUUUGCCACGGCGGAUGCGGAAUUGGUGGCGAAUGCAAGGCACCGGAAGUAUGCGAGUGUAAACCAGGUUUUGAGAAGAGCGCACGUGGCAUCUGUGAAUAUCACUGCGACGGAGGCUGUGAUGGCGGAGACUGCAUCGGCCCCAAUAAAUGUUCCUGCCGUUCUGGUUAUACUCAAAUAAAGGGCGUUUGUCAAGCGCAAUGCGCAGGCGGGUGUAAAAAUGGCGACUGCGUUGGUCCCAACCGUUGCGCUUGCAAACCAGGCUGGACUUUGGAUAAAACCGGAACUAUUUGCUCUGCUCACUGCGACGACCCAUGCCUAAAUGGUGAAUGCACCGGCCCUAACGAAUGCACUUGCAAGACCGGUUACAUCCAGGACACCUUCAAGAAAAACCGAUGUGUUGCACAUUGUCCAGGGGGCUGCGAAAACGGCGUCUGCUCCGGACCCAACUUCUGCAUUUGCAACCACGGAUUUGUCAAACAAUCGAAAACAAGCAACAAAUGCGUGCAUCGCGAGAGGCGUUCGGCUAUGCAUUUCGAGCUAAUCCCACCUCAAUAUCAUGUUUAACUAUACAAAAGUGAUUAGGAGUAGAUUGAGGAGAGUUGACAUCAAAGAUAACCCCUUGGCCUCUUUGUACAUUUGUCUGGUCGUGUUUACACGACGUUCGUAUACGAGAAAUAAACUGUUUUUUUUAUUCUAAGCACGUUUAGAAUUCUAUACAGAACAGGUUUUUCCUCCGUUACUCACGCUACUCUGUUAAGUAGUAAACACUAAUUAGUACAUGUACACUAACUUAAAUAGUAUGGCCUGUAAAAAACUUACGAAAUAAUUAUUAUUCUGAACCCUGUAAUGAAAGAAAAUAAUUUUUACAUGAAUGAAUAAAACUAAGAAAAUUUUUAACUGAGA